AUGAGACCCUGCAUCCAUACCCCAGAACUGGCAUCAAAAAGGGGGAGGAUCGGCUUCCGAGUCCCCGCCGCCACGGCUAGUCAGUCACCGGGGAUGCAGCAGCUGCCGCAGGCCGAGAAGCAGAAGCGUGCCGCCGAGAAGGUGUCCGAGGCCCGCAAGCCAAAGAGCCGAAGGCCGAAGCAGGCCCAAGAAGCAGCCCAGGCCGAAACUGAACCGUGCCGCCGGCAGAGGGAGAAAGGGUUCAAGGCCCAGGAGGCGGCGGCCCUGGGACCCCACGGCAGCUGCAGCAGUGAGGUGGAGAAGGGGACCACGCAAAAGAUGACCAUCCUCCAGAACUGCGUCCGGCAGAACAGGGAGGAAGUUCUAGAAAACCUCUCGGCAUCUGUGUGUGACACCCAGCCAGAAAUCCACGAGAACUACCGCAUAAAUGGAGAGGACAUUUUCUUUCCACGGGUUGGUGUGGUGGUAGACGCCCUCAUGGACAAUGGAGUGUUAGCAAAGCUCUAG